UGCGCUGUGAACGCCCUUUGAUUGCUCUCCAAAUGAUAUAUUAUUACCUAUAGCAUCUCCUUCACAUUGAAUCAGGAAGUCUCCAGGAAGGGUUCAGCUGCCAUAUUGUUCGUCCAGCGAGAUUCCCCUGCAGUCGUCUUCCAGUCUCUGGCCUUGUGACGGCGGCUCUGAAAAUCUACAAAGAAGAUGGAUCCCUGUUUGAAACUGUACUAUCCUAGUCAUGAGGUCAACGCCAAGAGGUUUCUACACGAAUAUUUUUCUCAAAAUGUUCCCUACUCAAUUUUUAAGGAGUCGACAAUAGACAUGAUGAAAUGUUUCUAUAAAGCAUUUAGCUCAGGUUUGCUUAGUGGGAAAACCCUGACUGACGUCAGUCUCGGCCCCAUUAUUGUUCAUCUCGUUUCGGUUUGUGAGUUCGUUGAAGAAAUUUCAAUUCUAGAAGUCAAUGACGCCUCCAUCAGAGAGCUGGAACUGUGGAAGGAUAAAGAUCCAGACUCUUUUGAUUGGACUCAUACCUUGAAACUCUUUAUGGAGCUGAAAGGGACAAGCAGGGAUGGGUGGCAGGAUGCUGAGGAGAUGCUGAGAAGAAAAGUGAAGUUCAUCGAGAAGUGUGACUUCAGCAAAAGUAACCCAGCGAAGCCAUUUGCCCUGCCGAGAGCCGACUGUGUUACGUGUAUCUGGGGGCUGGAAACGAUGAGUAGGGAUCACGAUGAGUGGAAAACCACUUUGAGAAAAAUCUCUGAUCUAGUGAAACUUGGCGGCCAUGUCUUGAUCUAUGCAGGUAUCAACGCUUCCUUUUUUAAAAUUGGAGAAGACUUUUACCAUCUCUUCAACAUUGAUGACUCCUUCUUGAAAAAGACUUUAACCGAUGGAGGUUUUGCCAUUGUGCAUUAUGAGAAUUUAGAGAGAGAAGCUUGUACUGAUUCUUUAGAUCACAUUCAAAAAGCCUUUGUUGUCGCCCGCAAAGUGAUGGAAACUUAGAGUGGACCUUUUUGAGGCGUAAAAAAUCUUUUUGAGGCAUCUGUAGCUAAAUAUUUUAAAAAAGAUGUCUACAUACACAGUAUGUUGGUUUGUGGAAUUUUUGAGGUGUGUUUUUUUUUUUCUGCCAUUUUCCAGAGGCUUUUCUAUAAGAUUUGAAAAUGUAUUGAAAAAGAGUUUGUCAUCAGAUGAGUAGCAAUAAAAAAAAAAUCUCACCUGAAACAGCUGAACAUAACGGUCUUGGUCCCAUCUUCCUAGGUGCCAGCAUUCUUGAGAAAUUGAAUGCUUUGUAAUAUGCAAAUGAGCCCCUAGGAGCAACGAGAGCUGUGUCAUUGCACCUUGUCCUUCAUGGCGAGCAACCAACACUGAAGUCUCGUGGGAGCUUAUUCGGAGCGCAUCCACCCCUCUACAGCGCGUGCGCUUCACAAGCUCACUGCGGUGGAUCUGCAGCAGAUUUGCCCUAAGGAACACGAAGACCAAAACGAUAGGGCAUCUUACACACGAGCGGUUUUUUUUUGCCCAUCAUAUACGGAACCAUUCAUUUCAAUGGGUCCGCA